CUUACAAGUCAGAGAUAAAUAAAUUACAAGCAUCAUGUUCACCGAUUAAAAUAUCAGAUUAGAGGGGAAAAAAAAAAACAAAUAAUAGUAAAAAUGAGGGUGUUAGUAAUUUCAGCUGUUUUUAUGUUGAUUAUGAUUGAUAAUAUUAAUGUUUGUAAUGCGUUAUCAGCUUCACGAUAUUUGGAACGUAUGCAUAGCAGUAGCAGUAGCUAUUAUUUGAGCAGAGAUGAGCUCUGGUUCAAUCAGACACUUGACCAUUUUUCACCUUAUGAUCAUCGUAAAUUUGGACAGCGAUAUUAUGAAUACUUGGAUGAAUUUAGGGUUCCUGACGGUCCAAUAUUCUUAAAGAUAUGUGGUGAAUCUGCAUGUAAUGGGAUAUCCAAUGACUAUCUCAGUGUUAUGGCAAAGAAGUUUGGAGCUGCUGUGGUUACACUUGAGCAUCGUUAUUAUGGGGAGAGUUCUCCAUUCAAAUCUCUAACCACCAAAAAUCUUCAAUAUCUUUCAUCUAAGCAGGCACUCUUUGAUUUGGCAGCUUUUCGUCAAUUCUAUCAGGAAUCCUUAAAUUUGAAAUUCAACAGAACAAAUGCUGAGAAUCCAUGGUUCGUUAUUGGUGUUUCUUAUUCCGGGGCUAUGAGUGCAUGGUUUCGAUUGAAGUUUCCUCACCUCACAUGUGGCAGUCUUGCAAGUUCUGGUGUAGUUCUUGCCGUUUAUGAUUUUACAGAAUUUGAUCAGCAGGUUGGUGAGUCUGCAGGACCUGAAUGUAAAGCUGUAUUACAGGAAGUAACUCAACUUGUUGAAGAAAAGCUUGCAUUAAAUGGUAAUGCUCUGAAAGCCACAUUUGGCGCUACCGAGCUAAAAGUAGAUGGUGACUUCUUGUAUUUCCUAGCUGAUGCUGCAGCUAUAGCUUUUCAAUAUGGAAACCCUGACAAACUUUGCACCCCUAUGACUGAAGCUAAGAAAGCUGGAGAUGAUCUAGUGAAUGCAUAUGCAAAAUACAUAAAGGAAUAUUACAUUGGAAGUUUUGGAGCUGAAGUUCAAACAUAUAACCAGGAAAGUCUAAAAAGGACCAUCCUGAGUGACGCAUCUGGUGAUCGAUUAUGGUGGUUCCAAGUUUGUACCGAAGUGGCAUAUUUCCAAGUGGCGCCUGCAAACGAUAGCAUCCGCUCUUCAAAAGUUAACACCAGGUAUCAUCUGGAUCUAUGCAAAAACGUUUUUGGAGAAGGUGUCUAUCCAGAUGUUGAUGCUACAAAUCUAUACUAUGGGGGCACCGACAUUGCUGGAUCAAAAAUAGUUUUUACAAAUGGGUCACAAGAUCCAUGGCGACGUGCAUCCAAGCAGGUUUCAUCUCCAGAUAUGCCAUCGUAUCUAAUCACCUGUCACAAUUGUGGUCAUGGAAGUGAUCUAAGAGGAUGCCCACAAUCUCCUUUAGUUCUUGAAGGGAACUCUAAAAAUUGCAGCUCACCUGAUGCAGUCAACAAAGUAAGACAUCAGAUGGUAGAACAGAUAGAUUUAUGGUUGUCUGAGUGCCAUGCGGUCGGUAAGAGUUCAGGUUAAGCAGUCCUCAAUGUAUAUGAAGUCGAUUAACCAAUUACCCUGUCAACAUAUGUAUAGUUUUUGUCAUUCAUGACAUUGUAUGUUCUUAUUGAUAGCAUGCAUCAUGAUAAUGCAAACACUCGCGAUGUAUAUUACCUUCAUCGCUGUUUCUUUGUAAUCCCACUUUAAUAUAGUCGGCACCAUUUCUUGUA